UGGUUGCCACCCGCCAAUAAAGAAGAAGAAGAAUAGCACGCGCUUCCUGUUUGCAGCUGCACGUUUUGAUUUGUGCCGAGCGCAAACUACAAUUUUGUUGUUAUAAGAGAAGAAAACUUCAUCUGAAAUGCCGAAAGCCAAACAGUCAAAGAGAAGAAAGCAGUAUGACUACAACUUGGACCGGAAGAAACUAAAAAAGAAGUUUAAAAAGAAGAUUGCCCCGAGGAUCGAACAUCCACAGAUUCGUAAUGCUUGGGAGGACCACAAGUCCACGUCCACGAACCUGCUUGAGAUGGGUCUGUCCUUUGACCCUAACCGGACGCUGCCGAUAAAGAAACAAACGCUCCCCGGACAGAAACACAGAGACAAACCUCCCGAACGCGUCGUCACCAAACCGUACAUCAUCAGCAAGCUGCAGGAGGAGGCCAGUCUUCCAGAGAAAGACACAAAGACCUUGUCCUCUGACCUGAUUGAGUAUGUGCAGCACAUGAUCCGAGAACACCACGACGACCACAAGGAAGGAUGUGAGGAACUCCUGUUGACUUUAUUUGUGGCCUGAAGAAGCAGCGUGGACAGGAUGGGAGAAAGCAAAAGGACGAGAGAGGAGUGGGGAAACAGAUGGGCGGAUCUACUGGGAUUAAUUUCAACAAUAAGUUUAAUGUAAUCUUUAUAAAAAUCACACUGGGAGUCGUCUCAAGGCUCUUCACAAAGUAAACAUUCCAACUAAGUUCAGUUCAUUAUGUCAUUUCAUUAAGUUUCCUGUGUAAGGAACCCAGCAGGUCGCAUCGAGUCACUGACUAGAGUCAGAGUCUUUACAGCAAUCUUCAUACUAAGCAAACAUGCAGCGACAGUGGAGAGGAAAACUCCCUUUUAACAGGAAGAAACUUCCAACAGAACCAAUGUUGUUUUCAUAACGAAAACAAGGUCAGGGUCAAUUUUAUUUAUAGGGCGCAUUUACAGCAGUACAAGGUAAAACAAAUCAACAAUAAAAACCUAAAAUAAGAUGAGCACACAACAGUCACAAUCUAUAAUAAAAACUGUUAAAACCUAUUAAGAUGCUCAAGUCAACCUGCAUUAAAAGCCAAAUCAAAAAAGCACAUCUUAAGAAGGGAUUUAAAUACUCUAGAUUCUGUGUGGUCCUGAUGUUGAGAGGUAGCUUGUUCCACAGUUUGGGACCAACCACAGAGAACGCUCUGUCACCGCGAGUCUUGUGGCGGGUUUUUGGAACUGUUAAAAGAGCUCGAGAGCUGGACCUCAUGGUUCUGGCAGGGACGUAAGCAGACAGCAGCUCAGAGAUGUAAACUGGGGCCAGGCCAUGAAGGGAUUUAAAAACAAAAAGUAACAUUUUGAAAUGGAUCCUGUAAUGGGCCAUUCCCAUCUGUACCGGGUCGGCCCGGGCCGGGUAGCCCCAGUCGGCCCCAGCCUGGCCCGGCUGAUUCCACACAUCCUUGCCUUAAGCCCAUGUGGGCUGAUUCUACCCACCAAUCAGAGGCUUGCUCUAAUGGAAGGUGUGAAUUUGCUGUCAGCAGUGGGUGUGUUGGCCCUGGUCGGCCUGAAGCAGACCCCCUCGAGAAGAGGGCUGAGAAUGAGCCUUGGUUGGCCCGGAAAAAUACCAGGCCACCCAGAUAUGUAACAACCUACGCUGCCUGGCCCGGGCCAACCCUGUACAGAUGGGAAUGGCCCACAAGAGACAGGAGUCCAAUGGAGAGAGGCCAGAACCGGGGUUAUGUGAUCCCGCUUGCUGGUGCCGCUGCAUUUUGGGCCAGCUGAAGUCGGUGUAGGGAGGACUGGUCCAGGCCAGAAUACAGGGAGUUGCAGUAGUCCAUGAACAGAUGUAUGACAUGUUCCAGGACAUUAGCAGGAAGGUAUGGCUUCACCUUUGCUAUCUGCCUUAAAUGAUAAAAACCUGAUUGGACCACUGCACUCACCUGCCUUAAGAUUAAAAGAACCAUCUAAAAACACACCAAGGUUUUUAACACAGGGUUUUAGAAAACCAGAGCAAGGACCAAGAGGACUAACAACGUUAGAUUAGGACUGCCAAAUAGUAAAAUUUCAGUUUUUUUUAAUUGUUGAGCUUUAAUUGUUUGACGCUUUUUAAGCAUUCCAGUAAUGAGCCAAUUGACCUGGCAUCACUAAGUGGCAAAUAGAUCUGAAGGUCAUCAGCGAAACAGUGAAAGGCUCCAUUUUUGAGAAGUAUAAAAUUACCUAACGCCGGGGACACACCGGCCGCGGAAGCGACGCAAAAAUGGGACCGCCUUCAUUCGGCGCCCUUGUUAAGCUAUUCUAUAGACCACAUGGGCCGCCGAAGUGCCGCGAAUCGCCUCACGCCGGCACUCCAGCCCACGCUGUGCAGCGAUCGUUUCGGCGUCUGCUCUAUUUUUUUCGCGAGCCGCGGGUGAAUCGCGUCAAUUCUGGCAGGAAGUCAAACCUAGACAAGAGGCAGGCCGGUAAAGUUAACAAAAUAAAGCAUUUCAAAAUAAAAUUCCGCAAUAGUCAAAUGUGUUCGUAAUCAGACACUGCAGAAAAACCACACAAACACACACACAUCGAACUUGUGUGCGUGUGUGACCACGUGAAGGGGGAGUGGUUUUGGGUGUCUUUUCACCGGAGCAAACAGGACAGAGAGGCAGAAAGUCUGAGGCAAGCAGUUAAGAUGGAUGACUUUAAAUUAAUUAUGGAAGUUGAGAAACACAAGGAGCUGUACGACCCCCGAAAAACAUGACUAUUUACGUACCCAUUUCAGAAGAAACUGCUAGGAUACAGCUGCAGAAUUGGAGCGGGUUCCAAGAGAUUCAACUGGCAGAAACAACUCAUACCAUAGGUUCACACACACACACUCACACACAUGUGCAAACACUCAAACGUAGAGGAAAAGAGCUGAGAAAAGGCAGAGAGGAAAUGGAGGACACCAAGUGUUUAAAAGCAAAACUACAGCUGAGUCGAGACGCGCCUCGACUGGGGCGCGUCUGAUCUGAACUGAGGAGCGGCGAGCAGCGGCCGAAUUUCGUGAGCGAUUCGCUUCUCGGCGCUUCCGCAGCCGGUGUGUCCCCAGCGUAAGUGGAGCAUAUACAAAGAAAAAAAGUGCUGGACCCAAAAUGGAGCCCUGAGGCACCCCGCAUGUCAGAGGUGCUGUUUUCGAGGUAAAAGGACCCAGAUUAAUGGAAAAUGACUUCUUGUGAAGGUAGGAUUUUAAACCACUGGAGAACAACACCUCGGAGACCAACGCAUGACCCUUGCCGGGACAACAAGAUCUCGUGAUCAAGGUGCUGACGAGCUAAAAAUAGCUCUUUUGUGACUAAAACAUGAGCGACUGUUGCUUUUCUUAAACAUGUCUGUAAUAUUAACACGUUUCUUAUAUGAGUGCUUCCUGGAACAGUCAUGCAUUUGGGCAGAAGAGUGAAAGAAUUUAUGGUUUUAACGGGUUUUACCUGAACACGUUUAAGACGAAUGUUUGAAAGUCAGAGUAUCGGGAUUAUUGUCUCUGCUCCCUGGUUCCUAAUUACGGGUCCCUAACCCGUCUACAUGUUUGUGAGCGUCUGCUGAUGCUCGAGAGCAGAUCUGGGUUAUUGAUAUUCGUUCUGUGAAAACUCACAACGCUGCAGUCUGUGGAAAACCAUUACUGCAUUUAAGUAGGUGGACUUUCCCACAAUCUACGUUCAAGAUGGAGGUCUGAUAACUCGAAUAAUAAAUGAAACAAACACAUUUCUUUAUUUCUGUAUAAAUAUCGUGUUGAAUACUCCGUGCACUCCCUAAGAGUCCAUUCUGUUCAGGAAAGAAAAUCAUACGUUUCUUUAGUGGAAAUCUACAGAAUGAUGCACAGAUCUGCAUCCAUACAUUAUCACAUUGUUGUGAUUAUUAAUAAAGUUUAGAAACAGCAGCUCAGAGGACACGUCUGACCCAUCAGUGCUUUUGUUAGAGAAUAUUUCUGUUUAAUGUUUUGUAAAAUUAAAAAAACAAAAUCCUUGUUGAAUAAAACCCUUUUUGACUGACGAAGACUAAAACUAAGAUGCCCUCCAAAAACACUGAACAGAACCUGGAUCAGGUUAGAACCUACAACCAUCUCCAGGGUCAGAGGUCAGCCUGGGGUUCAGAUGAUGGAAAGACGUCAGCUCUGGUACCUACAGAGGUUUGCAGAAGUUCACGCCGGAUCACCAGAACUGGACCGGAGGAGACUGGAAACACAUUUCCUGGUCUGAGUCUGGAUUUCAGCUGUCUGGUCAGAAUUUGGGCAGAGAUGUUCUGGUCCCACUUUGGACCCCUCAGCACCACCUGAGCCUGGCUUAAACAUCACAGCCGAGUCUUGUUGCUGACCACCUCCACUCCUCUUCUGAUAAGUCAGACGAUGAAACACUUACCUUUGCAUCACAUACUGUUUUCAUAUCUUCCAAGCUGACCUCAGGUCAGUGAUCACGGCUGGGUUUUAGACCCUCGGAAAAAAAAACUCCAAGCUGAGUCUGAUUUUUCCCCCGGCCGAUUUUAACGUGUCCUCAUCAAAGUUUCAUUUUUCACACGAUAAAUUUUAUUUAUUUUUUCGUAGAAAAAUCUUUGUCCUUGACUUCUGAGAAGUGACUUGGCUGCACUCGAUUAAACCGCUCAGAGUCUUUGUGAGGCUUCAGGGUCGAAGCGUCCUCUCUAAAGCCGACCCCGCUCUGAGUUUAGUCCUGCUGCGGCACGGAAAGGUCUCUCUGAAAACACAAUUCAUCUCGUUUUCUAACUCAAACCGUCAUUAAAAGCACAAGAACCUCAGUUAUUUUUUAUUCGAUUAAAGGAGUUUCACCAGAUUCUGAUUUCAGGACCUUUUCAGGACGGUGGUUUGGAAUCUGUCUGGUCGGUGGAGUCCUUUAGGGGAACGUUGUUGUUGGAAAUCGGAAAGAGAGAGGACUGCAGGUUCAGCAAACUGACCUUCAGACUCUGGUACAGAACAUCAGCUGCUGGUUUUUCACCUUUCAGAUGCUGAGCGUCAUCUUUUAGAGGCGACAUAAUUCAUAUUUCAGCCUUAAAGAACAGAAAAGAUGCUCUCAACGUAUCGGAAUAAAGCUUUCAUCAUCUGGCAGAAUUUAUACUUUGAAAAAAGUCUUCAGCCCAGUUCUUCUCACUCGUCCACACAGGGCCUGGUUGGUUUGAAGAAGUCCUCAUUAGAAACUCUGGUUUUCUUUGGUGUUAAUCUGACAGAUGAAGGUUCUGAGUCUCCCUUCCCGUGUUGCAGAAUCGGUACCUUGGAGCCGAUGAUGCAGCAGGUCGAUAGCAGAUGUGUGAACGAGUGAAUAUUAAAAUCGGCAGCAGAGCUAAUUAAGAGCUCCAGAGAUGUUUUACUGAUGAUUUUAUUUUUUAAAUAACCUAUCAGGUUUCAUUUGUGCCACAGAAAGAUCCAUAAGUUCAAGCUCGUCUUGUUUUUGGCUAGAGAAAAAGCUCUUGUCGGGUUAUUUCUGACCUGAACGGCGUGUUCCUCCUUCCUC